ACCUACCGCGCGCUCAGUGUCCGAGGCGGAAAACAAAAUCUGACCGACCGAGCUCAGCAACAGGAGCGGUGGCUGCUCUUCCUCCUCCUUCUUACCCCCCUUCCGGCAGACAGCAGCAGCAGCUACUUCCAGCUUCAUGACCGUUUGGCCCGGUAGUUGUCGUAGUCGGAGCUCGGUGUUGAGACGCUGCGUGGGAGCCAGCGGGCCCGCUGUAAUCGUGUGUGUAGGAUGUCCCGACAUGAAGGUGUCAGCUGUGAUGCAUGUUUAAAAGGAAAUUUUCGAGGUCGCAGAUAUAAGUGCUUAAUUUGUUACGACUACGACCUGUGCGCAUCUUGUUAUGAAAGUGGGGCCACUACUACAAGGCAUACAACUGACCAUCCAAUGCAGUGCAUAUUAACAAGAGUAGAUUUUGAUUUGUAUUACGGUGGGGAAGCCUUGUCAGUUGAACAGCCACAAUCUUUUACUUGUCCUUACUGUGGGAAAAUGGGGUUCACUGAAACAACUCUCCAGGAACACGUUACUUCAGAGCAUGCAGAAACAUCAACAGAAGUGGUUUGUCCAAUUUGUGCAGCAUUACCUGGAGGAGAUCCUAAUCAUGUCACGGACGACUUUGCAGCUCAUCUUACACUUGAACACAGGGCUCCUAGAGAUUUAGAUGAAUCCAGCGGUGUUCGACAUGUACGUAGGAUGUUUCAUCCUGGCCGAGGCCUUGGAGGACCACGUGCUCGUAGAUCAAACAUGCACUUUACUAGCAGCUCCACUGGUGGGCUUUCAUCCUCACAAAGUUCAUAUUCUCCAAGCAAUAGGGAAGCUAUGGAUCCAAUAGCUGAACUGUUAUCACAGUUAUCAGGUGUGAGACGUUCUGCUGGAGGACAGCUCAACUCCUCUGGCCCUUCUGCCUCCCAAUUACAGCAGUUGCAAAUGCAGCUGCAGCUAGAGAGACAGCAGGCACAGGCAGCCCGACAACAGCUGGAGUCUGCACGCAAUGCAACAAGACGCACCAACACAGGCAGCCUCAGCACCACAGUCACACAGACUACAGUGACUAACAACACAAUCACCACAGAAAACAGUCACCAAACCUCCCAGAAUUCCCAGUUCUUGCUCACAAGGUUGAAUGAACCGAAGAUGUCUGAAGGAGAACGUCAAUCUCUGGAAAGUGAGCGGGCCGACCACAGCCUGUUUGUGCAGGAGCUUCUCCUCUCCACCCUGAUGCGAGAAGAAAGUUCUUCCUCAGAUGAGGACGAGCGGGGGGAUUUCACAGAUUUUGGUGCUAUUGGCUGUGUAGAUAUUAUGCCUUUAGAUGUUGCUUUAGAAAACCUAAAUUUAAAAGAGAGUAAUAAAGGAAAUGAGCCUCCGCCACAUCCUCUUUGAUGAUGUCCCACUUUGCAGACAAUGUCCUCUGUGCUGUAACUGCCAAUGAAAGUGGACAACAGCUAUCUUUGGGUUUGUUUGGUGAUUGUAAUUUCAGGUCUGUCACUCUUGUUACAUUGUGUACAUUCAAGGAAGAAAAAAAUAAGAUAAUUGAUUCCACUUACUAAUUUUUACUUCUAGCAGGUAAAUGUAGGUAGCAGUGCCAGAGGCAGUCUCUGCUUCCUGUACCUUGACAUGCAAAAGGCUCUCCUAAUACUCCACAUUCAACUGAAGAGGAAAACAAAUUGAAAAAAAUCUCUAAUGAAGCUGCUGUGUGUAUUUAUGAAUAUUAAUGAAUAAAACUGCUUGGAUGGUUUACCUUAACUACUGCAUGAGGUUUUUUGCAGAGUGCAUGAGUUUUAGUAGCCUUGUCAUUUCUGAAAAAGAAAAUCCCAAAGCUUUCCUAAAAGAUAUUUAAAAGUUACCUGUCUAGAAAUGACUAGCAAUCACAAAGGAGCUCGUUUUUCAAACAUGUUGUAGCUCUUGAAUAAUGCAUAAUUGAACACCUCAUUAUUAGGCUGCUUAUCAUGGUGCUUGUAAUGCGAGCUCUGCAAUGCCAUCCUUUGUUAAUUUUGAGUGUACCAUUACUAUGGUGACUGUUCAAUCGCCCUGUAACAUUUCAUCGUUUGAGUGCUAUAUUGUUUCUCUAUUUCAAUAUUCUUGACACAUCCGAAAAUGACGUGGCCAAGUUGCCAGCGUUUAGUAACUUUGAUGCAUUUGGGGCUUUGUUGGUUUGCCCUAUAGGAGGAAAAAAACCUAACAAUUCAUUUUGUUUAACUAUUUUGUUGUAAUGGUUUUAAUUUUGUUAAAUAUUGUUGAUCCUAGUUGCUUUGUCCAGGUAUAGGCAUAUAUGUUCAAUCACUUUUUUUUAAAAGAAAAGGCCUUGAAUCUGUUCUGAUAGGGUUUUAAAAAGCUUUUAUUAUUCCUUUCCCACCUCCACCCUUCCCUGGCGUGCACACACGCACUCACACACGCACACACUGAGACACAUAUUGAACAUUUCAUAUUUAUAUGCUUUCAAAUAGUUGUGGAGAGUUAUCAUCAGGAGAGCUUGAGGAUUUGGUAUCACAUUGUGUGCAGUAUAUAUAUUAUAUCUAAGAAUUUGAAAUCUAAAUGCUCAAGUUAGCACCUUUUUUAUUUAUUAUUUUUUGAUUUCCUAAGUGAAAAGUUAGCCUUUUUGAUGAAAUCAUGCCACCUACAUGCCUAUACUAUUAAUCCAAUAUGUAAAAAAAAAAUGAGAUGUACAAUGAAUUUGUGAGUAAACUUUCAUAAUGGUUAUAGGGCAGGGACUGCGUUUUUGGAAUGUAAAGAUAGAAUACAAAGAAAAUAAAACUACGCACAGCUUUUCAUGACUUUA